AUGGUCUUAAAACCGCCAAAGGCCGUAUCCGCAAGCGUGCGCAGUCUCCUCAGUCCGCAUUUCGUCCCCGCGCGCUCCUCUGGGGCCGCGUUCUCCAGCGUCCUGGCUCCCAGGGCCGUGGGCGUCCGAGCGGUGGCCUGGCUGCUCCUGUGGGAGGCGGCUGGACUCACCAGCACACCAGGCACGGCCUUCGCCGCCGCCCCCAUCGAUGCUGGCAUAAGGGCCACUUGUUCAGAAAUUAUUUUGAGGCAAGAAGUUUUGAAAGACGGUUUCCAUAGAGACCUUUUAAUAAAAGUGAAAUUUGGAGAAAGCAUUGAGGACUUACGGACCUGCCGACUCUUAAUUAAACAGUACAUCCCGACAGGACUUUUUGUGGAUCCGUAUGAGUUGGCUUCAUUACGAGAGAGAAACAUAACAGAGGCAGUGAUGGUUUCAGAAGACUUUAAUAUAGAAGCUCCCAGUUAUUUGUCCAAGGAAUCUGAAGUUCUAAUUUAUGCCAGACAAGAUUCACAGUGCAUUGACUGUUUCCAAGCUUUUUUGCCUGUGCACUACCGCUAUCAUCGGCCACAUAGUAAAGAUGGGGAAACCUUUAUUGUGGUCAAUAACCCUGAUUUAUUGAUGUAUUGUGACCAAGAGUUUCCAAUUUUGAAAUGCUGGGCUCAGUCACAAGUGGCAGCUCCUUGUGCUUUGAAGAAUAAGGAUAUCUGCCAGUGGAACAAUAUGAAAUAUAAAUCAGUAUAUAAAAACGUGACUCUACAGGUUCCAGUGGGACUGACUAUACAUACCUCUUUAGUAUGUUCUGUGACUCUGCUCAUUACCAUCCUGUGUUCCACUCUAAUCCUUGUGGCUGUUUUCAAAUACGGCCAUUUUUCCCUAUAAGUUUUAUGGAGUUUAAUGCUUCCCAUAAACCUAAAUAAGACCUAUUUACUUGCAAUUAGAAGUGCUCUUCUAGAAUUGUCAUUGCUUUUGUCUUCAUUUAUGUCUAAAAUUAUGUGUACUAGAGGAAAUUUUGGAUCAUUUUCAACCAAUUCCAGAAUUUAGUGCUCUGUUGUAUAGACCUUUGAUAAUCUUCAAGCAAGUGCCAACAGAAGAGGAAACUUAAUUUUGUUAAAUAUUUAUCUUGUGAGAAGUGAUUUUAUCCUCAUUUCGGUUACGAAAAUGAGUACUUUAUAUGUUAGAGACAAAUUAUUCUCAUUUUAUGACUAGAAACAUUUUAAUUUCAGCUAAAAAUUGAGAAAAUCAUUAUAAAUAAGAAUAAAAUAUUUUGGAUGACUCAGUUUAUUUAAACAUGAAUUUUGAAUAUUAAAGUUACUCAUCGAGAGUUUAAAGAAAAUAAAGUAGGACAGCUAAGAAAUUAUUAAUAUCAAGAUUGAUUAUUCCUUAAAGCAUUUCCAUUCUCCUUUUGUAUUUUAUUAUACUGUUUUGAAUAUAUGAAUUGGCUAGAUGAAACUAAGUACUAAGUACUAAUACUUAGUACUGAAUUUGUCAGGAAGACAAUUCGGAUUGUCAUUUUUAGAGUAUUUUUUAUUAAGUUGUACAUUUACAAAAAAAAUCUUUUUUGUAUCUUUUGCUCCAUGCCAAACUUGGGGCUUGAACUCAUGACCCUGAGAUCAAGAGUCACAUGCUCUACCGACUGAGCCACCCAGAUACCCCUCUUUUUUGUAUCUUCAGUGACUUUUUUUUUUUUUUUUUUAAAAAGCUCUUAUUCCACUAUUUUUCUUGGGAAAAAAUUAGAAAAUAAAGUAAGUGCCAUAAAGGUAUGGGGCACCUGGCUGGCUCAGUCAGUGGAGCAUAUAAUUCUUGAUCUUGGGGUUUUGAGGUUGAGCCCCAUAUUGGGUGUAGAGAUUACUUAAAAAUAAGAUCUUUGAAAAAAAAUAAAAAUAAAAAGGCAAGCAUGUCCUUCUGUUUGUUUAGGGCAAUGCGUUGAGGACAGGCAUGUUUCAGAACAGAAGCCAAUAAACCAGGGUUUGGUUGACAGUGUUUCAUAGAGUAAUGGAAUGAUAUACAUUUAUAUAUGCUAGCACUGCUUAAUUUCCUAAAACAUUCUGUUGUUUUUAUGGGAAUAAACCUUUAGAAUUUGACAUGUA